AUGGAUGAGAUGUCACUAAAAAAAUUGAUUUCUUAUAACUCUCAAAAUGAUCAAUUUAGUGGUUAUGAAGAUUUUGGUAUAGAUCAUGAGUUUGUUGAUAUGAAAAUCUGUGACCAAGCAUUAGUUGUUAUGAUUAAAGGUAUAGUUAAACCUUGGAAACAAAUAGUAGGAUAUUUUUUUUCUAAAGGACCAGUAUCUGGCUUUAGACUUAAAAACAUUAUUACUAAUGUUAUCAAUAAAGUUAGAGAUGCUGGUUUUAUUCCAAAAGUUAUUAUAUGUGACCAAGGUACCAAUAAUAUUGAUUUAGCAGAUUUUUAUAAUUUGGACAAAAACAAAAAGCCAAGGUUAGCUCCUCGAUUAAAUAAAAUUCACAUGGAUCUACCACCAUUCUCACCAAUGCGUGUUUGUUUGGCAACCCAAACAUUAAGCCAUUCUGUUAGUUCUGGUAUGAUGACUUUAAUUUCAAUGAAUGAAAUGAAAAGUUCAGCUAUGCAUACAGCAAGAUUUAUAGAAUUAUUUGAUAAUUUAUUUGAUGUUUUUAACAGUAUAACACACAGUGAAGCAAAAAUAUUAAGAAAGCCACUAACUAAAACUUCUGAUCAUUGGAAUUUUUUGAAUGAAGCAAAACAGGUAUUAGGAAAACUUAAAGUUCACAAUAGAACUGGGAAAUUACCACCGUAUUUUUUAUUAACAAGAAGACUAACACAAGACUGUGUAGAAAAUGUGUUCUCAGUAGUAAGGUCAAAAGGAGGUAAUAAUGUCACACCUGAUGCUACAAAAUUUCAUUCUGCAAUCCGUAUGUGUAUGUGCAAUACUUUAUUGGAACCGUCACAAAGUGGAAAUUGUGAAUCUGAAUGUGAUGCAGUUCAGUUCUUGACCAAAUGCAGUGAGCUAAACAAAAUUAAAAUACAGUUAAAAGUAAUAGGUGAUCCAAAUGAUGAUGAAUAUUCUGAUAAAGAAGAUUGUCUUAAUUUACAUUUAUCUUCAAUGAAUAUUGCAAAUAUACAAAUGGAAAAUCAUGAAGCUUGUGCGAUAGGCUAUGUAGCUGGAUGGGUGUGUAGCAAACUGAUUCAUCAAGAAUGUGUAGAUAAGUUAGCUGUCAAAAAACAGAAUAAUCCUCAAGUCAACCUGGAAAAUACACACAUAGAAAUGAAAUCUACUUUUUUAAAUCCUACACAGUUGAUAGAAUUUGAGUUUAAUAUGUCAAAGCCAGUAUUGAAGAGUUCGAUAAAUUAUAUGGUAGCACCUGCAUUAGAAAACUCUUUUAAUUUGAGGCUAUCUUUGCAAAAUGUCAAUGCAUCUGCUACUGGCUGA